AUGAUUUACUCCUCGGGGAGAGAAUCCUACUUCAACCUGAACUCCACCUGGUACGACCCGGCGGGCUCCUGGCUGGACACGCGGCGCACGCCCUUCCGCUACGGCUACGCCACCUGCUGCUCCUCGGGCUGCCAGGGCGAGGGCGUCGAGGGCAUGAGGGGCCACGACUACCGCUGCUACGGCUACCGGCAGCCCCGCUGCUCCGAGCGCUGCCAGGGCUACGGCGGCUCCUCGGGCUCGUGCCACGGCUGCGUCCGGAGGCCAACGUACAGCUACGGGGGCUCGUCCGGGUGCCAGGGCUACGGGAGGUCCGUGUGCGCCGAGAGGUGCCAGGGCUCCUCUGGUUCCUGCCAUGGAGGGGGGUCCAGCUGUGUCAGGAGGCCCACGGUGUCCUACGGGGGGUCAGCGGGGUGCCAGGGCUACGGGAGGUCCGUGUGUGCUGAGAGAUGCCACGGGUCGGUGGGCCAGGGUGGGAAGCCAUGCUGUGGGAAGCCCGUGCAGAGCAUCCCAGUGCAGAGCUGUCCCCCACCAGUGCAGAGCAUCCCAGUGCAGAGCUGUCCCCAGCCAGUUCAGUGCUGUCCCCAACCACCAGUUCAGUGCUGUCCCCAACCUGUUCAGAGCAUCCCAGUGCAGAGCUGUCCCCCACCAGCACAGGUUUGUCCCUGUCCCUGUCCCCCUCCGGUCCAGCAGAGCUGUGUGCCCGUGGCCAAGGGCAUCCCCCGCCAGCAGCAGAAGCAGAUCUGCAAAGUUCCAGCCCGGAAGAUCAAAUAA